AUGGCCUCCGCCAACUGCGCGCGGUGCCUCACCCGGCCGACGACGGCCGCAGCAGUAGCAGCACCCCGGGUCCUCUCGCAGCGCAUCGUCCCCGUCAUCACCUCCUAUGCGGCAGCCGCCCCCUCCGGCUCCGCCCUCUUCUCGACCACCUCCGCCCACGCAGCCGGCGGCGCCAACGCCUCGACCAUGCGCAAGGUACAACACUGGGGAAAGCACAUCCGUCGCGGCAAGAUCAACCAGAACUCCAAGAAGAAGCGGGAGAACGUCAAGGUGAAGAAGCCCGCGCCGGGAGAGCGUAAGGCCUUCCGCAAGCGCAUCACGCUCAGCAACAACAGCGCGCUGCUCGUCGAGGGCCUGAAGGUGGUUGACGGGACCACGAUGUCUUCGGCCGAUGCCCAGGGGACCAUGGUCGGUCUGCCGGAUCAGCUCGUCGACCAGCUGCGCACGCUCGAGGCGUUCAAGAUCCACCAGCCCUGGGGCCUGUUCAGGAAACCGCACAUGCUCGUGAGGGAGGAAACGGUGAAGCUGGUCAGCAGGGUCGACAAGGCCGUCCAGGAGAGGCAGACGUUGAGGACGGUAUUGACGGGAGACAAAGUUGGAGGCAAGAGCAUGUUAUUGCUGCAGACUAUGGCUCACGCUCUCAUGAACAACUGGGUUGUCAUUAACAUCCCCGAAGCCCAAGACCUGACCAAUUCCAACACGGACUACAGCCCCGUCCCCAACUCCAAGCCCCUCCAAUUCUACCAGCCAACUUACUGCUUCAACCUCCUCCAGCAAAUCAUGAAGGCCAACGGGCCCGUACUCAAGAAGCACAAGAUCACGAAGGAGUACCCGGAGCUCCUCCACGUCCCCAAGGACGGCACCCUCUACGACAUCGCAAACGCCGCCAAGGAGACCGAGUUCGCCUGGCCCGCCUUCCAGGCCCUCUGGUCCGAGCUGACCACCGCCCCCGGCGGCCCCCCGGUCCUCCUCACCCUCGAUGGCCUCUCCCACAUCAUGAAGAUCUCCGCCUACCGCGACCCGGCCUUCAACCUCGUGCACGCCCACGAUCUCACCCUCGUGCGCCUCUUCGUCGAUGCCCUCAGCGGCAAGACGCCCCUCGCCAACGGCGGCGCCGUCAUCGCCGCCACCAGCCGCAGCAACGCGCCCCGCUCCCCGUCCAUGGAGCUCGCCCUCGCGCAGUCCGCCGCCGCCGCCGAGGGCCUGCACGUCCCCACGCCCGACCCGUACGGCAAGGGCUACGACGACCGCAUCUACGAGUCCGUCCGCAACGUCGAGACGUUCAACGUCAGCGGCGUCAGCCGCGACGAGGCCCGCGCCGUGAUGGAGUACUGGGCCGCCAGCGGCAUGUAUCGCUCGCGCGUUGACGCGGGUGCUGUCGGUGAGAAGUGGACUGUCGCUGGUGGUAUCCUCGGCGAGUUGGAGCGGGCGAGCUUGCUCAACACGCGUAUGCUGCAGUACUAA